UACAAUUAUUUCAGAUUUAUUCAUUUUUGACGACUUAAAUGAUUAUAUAAAUAAGUUAAAUUAUAGUUCACUCGUAAAUCUUACCUCGUAUUACGAUUCCGAAAAUCUCAACAAUGCGAGCUACGCUAAUAUUAGUUGUAUGGUGAAUAACAGUUUAGGAAAUUACAGUGAGUGUAAUGCUAGUGUGCCAAGCGUGAAGGACGAUGAUACAAAAAACUGGUGGGCACUUAUAUUAGUUGUUGUGCCAUGUCUGACGAUUUUCGGUAAUGUGCUAGUCAUAUUAGCGGUAAAAAGAGAGAGAACUUUACAAACUGUUACGAACUAUUUCAUCGUGAGUCUUGCUGUAGCAGAUCUUCUCGUAGCUAUGGUCGUCAUGCCAUUCGCUGUUUAUGUUCUGGUUUAUGGUACAUGGACAUUACCGGGAGUUGUAUGUGAUUUUUACAUAGCGAUGGAUGUAAUGUGUAGUACUAGUUCAAUUUUUAAUUUGGUGGCAAUAUCAGUAGAUAGAUAUAUUGCAGUGACACGGCCAAUCGAAUAUGCUAAGCACAAAAACAAUAGAAGAGUAUGGUUAACUAUUCUACUAGUAUGGGCAGUAUCAGCAGCAAUCGGCAGUCCCAUAGUCCUGGGAUUGAACAACACACCAGACAGAGUUCCAGAUCUUUGUCUUUUCUACCACACCGAUUUCAUCAUCUAUUCGAGCCUAAGCAGUUUUUAUAUACCUUGUCUUACCAUGGUUUUUCUAUAUUACAGAAUAUUCAGUGCACUUCGCGACAGGGAGAAAAAAAAGCGUGCAAAUCGAAAGUCUAACAUGGGAGAUAUCAAAUCCAGUUGUAUAAUUGAAAAUAUAGCCAACACGCGCAGUGGAUAUUCUGUGGCAAGGUUCGCGGAGACGGCGUUGGGUGCUGCAGCCUUGGUUGCUCCGGGUAUCGAGGAACCGACUAACACGGCAUCUGGCAGCAACGAAGACGAAGACGAAACGCCCUUGGAUCCCGUUGUUGUCAUAUCAAACGACAAGAGCACAGAGUUUUUCCUCGCUACCGUUGUGGAAGAAGCCGCGUCAAAUAGCCCUAGCGCGCCAACAACUGGAAGUAUGUGUGGGGAGAGCAUCGGACGCACACACAUAAGUAAGAAGGAUCACAAACAGGAGACAUCAUCGUCAACGGGUUCCCGUUUCAACUUGCGGAAAGCUAACAAGGCCAGUAAGAAAAAAGGGGAUAAAAUCUCGGCUAGGAAGGAACGUAAGGCUACCAAAACCCUUGCCAUUGUUCUCGGCGUAUUUUUAAUCUGCUGGGUGCCAUUCUUCACUUGCAAUACCAUGGAUGCCUUAUGCUCCAAGAUGAAGAAGGACUGCCAGCCUGGUGUUGCAGCAUUUAUUGCGACUUCUUGGCUCGGUUACAUGAACAGCUUCGUCAACCCCGUUAUUUAUACUCUCUUCAAUCCAGAAUUCCGCAAAGCCUUCCGUAAGCUCAUCAGCUUUUAGGCAUCGACGUUCCAACUAUU